GUAAUCCUUGCGGYGUGGGCUUCCUGUGUUCUUGUCCAAAGUCAUGUUGUGUGGGUCCGUUUUUGGAAGAAUUUUAGUCAAUAGAGGACUUUAUAGAGCUUUUAGCACUACAAUGCAGUCACGAGCAUCAGUAGCAGUGGUUUUAUCAGGAAAUGGAGUAUUUGAUGGCACAGAAGUACAUGAAGCUUCAGCUAUUUUAGUUCACCUCAGCCGUGCAGAUGCUAAUGUCACUAUGUAUGCUCCAGACAUCCCACAAAUGCAUGUUAUCAAUCAUGCUAAGGGAGAAGAUGCUAAAGAAACUAGGAAUGUUUUGAGUGAGUCUGCAAGAAUUGCCAGAGGAAAAAUUGAAGCUUUGGAUAAAAUUGAUGCCUYUUCCCAUGAUGCAUUGUUUUUCCCAGGAGGCUUUGGUGCGGCCAAAAACUUGUCUUCAUUUGCCACUGAAGGGGUUGACAUGAAGGUUAAUGAACAGGUUGAAAAGGCCAUCAAAGAAUUUCACACAAAACAAAAACCAAUUGGGCUAUGUUGCAUUGCACCAGUAUUGGCUGCCAAGGUGAUAGAGGGUUGUGAAGUAACAGUUGGUCAAGAYAAGGAUGAUGGAUCAGGMAAGUGGCCAUAUGCCGGCACAGCAGAAGCUGUUCAGAAGAUGAAUGCAAAGCACUUCAAUAAAAAUGUUGAUGAAAUUCAUAUUGACGAGAAAAAYAAGAUAGUAACUACACCAGCGUACAUGUGUGACACCAAAGUACAUGAAGUACAUGAUGGCAUCGGGAAAAUGGUGAAAGCUGUACUAUCGUUAACAAAGUAGAAAAACAAGAGGAAAAAGGAAAACAAAAACAAAAAAGCGAGAGUAGACAGUAGGAAACAAAUGUUUGAGAAUUGUCUGAAAAUAUUGUACCACACGGUAGAUCCAUUGACUGGAGUGGUUUAAUAGAGGAUCAUUUACGUUCUGCAAAUAAAGUGAAACCGCAGUAGAUAUAGCUUGCUAUGCUGUCAAGUAUGUCAAAGAAAAGAACAGUGUCUAAAAUGUGUAUUUUCUGUUUGGUAAAUARGAUUAAUAAAAUUAUUAAUUAUUGAA